AUGGAUCCUUUCAGCAUUAUUGGAGCAAUUGGUUUUGCCUUUCAAGUCGUCGAGAUAACAAUCGAUGCAGUCGACUACUGGAAGAGAACCAACGAUGUGGGAGACGACAUCAUCAUGAUAGUGGCACGCCUCGACAUGAUUCGGGCGCGGAUCAAGUCGUGGUCAGUCGACUGGGGCAUGCGUGAGCAACGACACCUGGAGCAUCCCAAGUUCCGCGAAUAUGGCCAUUUGGCUCUUCACUAUCUUGUCAUCAUUCAGCGCCGUCUGGUCCGCUUCGAAGACUUUGAGACAAGGUAUACCGGCCUCUUCGGAGCUGCUCGAACGCGGAGCACGGGCUCGGUCUCGCGUAUCGCGGCUGUGGCAGCCUUUGAGCAGACGGCAACGAAUGAAGGCCAUAUCAUUAGUGGCGCAGAGCUCCUCACGCAGUUGAAGACAGACGUGACCGCAUUGAAUCACGGCAACGUGCUCGAGCGCUGGAGAUGGGCUCGCAGGGACAAGCGAGGCCAGACGAUGGUCGAACAGAUCGACACGCUGGUCAAAGAUCUGGAAGACUUCUUCCCCCCUCCACGCAGCGAUGCAGCCGGUGCUAUCGUCUUCAACCGAGGCCUCUCGUCCAGCAAUAUUGACAGCCUUCAAGCCCUCCCGAAGCUUGAGGCAAUGCAAGGAGAUGGCAACCCCGACAUGCGCGACGUCUCGACCUUGGCAUCCCUGAAGAUCAUCGCCGCUAAUCUCGGUCAGCGAGCCGCAAAGGCCAAAGAACAGACACUUCGAUGGAGGUCCAUCACUACCGAAGACGGCAAGGCACUCUCGCUUGAGCCGUGCGUAGGCGGCUGGGAGAUAGCGAAAUGGAAACAGACGUCUCGAGGAGACGCCGAGACAGUCCUGGUGGAAUGGAAAAUUGUGCCCAUGUCCCUGCCACUGGACCAGAAAAAAAAGCUCGAUGAGCGCAUCUACGAUCUCGGCAAGAUGCUGCAAGCGGCAGGCAAGCCCACCAAGAUGCUCACACUCGACUGUCUUGGGAUCGCCGAGAAGCCCGUGUCUGACUCAAGUGAUGCCCAGUACGGCCUGGUCUUUCGCGUGCCGCCGAAUCACCGACCUACCUCCCUGUACGAGCAUCUUGUUACUCCUGGAACAGAGCCCAGUUGCCUCUCUCACCGUUUUGCCCUCGCACGCGCCCUCGCCAAAGCUGUGCUGUACCUCCAUCUGGCCUCGUGGCUACACAAGGGCAUCCGCAGUGCUAAUGUACUCUUCUUCAUCAGCCUGCCAGACAAAGUUGUGGAUAUAGCUGCUCCACGCCUUGCUGGGUUCGAGUACAGCCGUCUGGACGAGCCCAGCGCACUAACAGAGAGCACAACAGACUUUGGCGACCACAAUUUAUAUCGUCAUCCACAGCACCGCGGCUUACCAGUGUCAGACGACCAGAAAGCGAACAACCAGCCGGGUAAGAAGCGUAACUCCUUUAGCUACAAAGCCGACCUGUACAGCCUGGGUGUCGUGCUGCUCGAGGUUGGACUGUGGCUCACGGCUGCAAAAAUCGUGGCGAGGGACAAAGAUGCCAACCGCAGUGCUGACGGUGACGCCGACCCGGGAGAUAGAAAAUACGAUGAUGAGGAGGAGGAUGACGUUCGCAAUGUGUUCGUGCGGCAGAUUCCCACGUUGAGACGGACGAUGGGCCCAAUUUAUGCGGAUGUAGUCGACAGGUGUCUGACUGGGGAUUUUAAGCCCAAGGACGACGAGGCGCUGGCAACUGUGUCGGAGGUUUUUUAUGUCAAUGGUGUGCAGCCUCUGGACAGGUGUGUAGUGUAG